CAUGAAAUAGGGAGGGAGGAAGAGAGCGGGAGAGCACGGGAGAGAGAGAGGGAAAGAGAGCCAUCAUUUGUUCCUGAGCGCGUACAGGAGACACACAACAGCUCCGCAUCACACAGCCAGAAACGGAGGGAAAGAAACGAGGGAGGAGAGACGAGAGGAGAAAUAAAAGAAAGGGAGGAGAGAGGAGAGGAGAAAUAAAGGGAGGGAAUAAAAGACCUGGUCCUCCAUCCAGCUGCUGGUCAUCACUCACUUGUUUGCUGUGUUGCUGAGUGGACAGAGCGCCAGAGAGAAAACACAUACAAUAUAAAGAUAUAUCUAUAACAGCAAUAUACAUAUAUCACUAUACAGUAUGCCUGUUUUCCUAAAGCACUGAAACUGGGGGUGACCACAGCCGGACCAGGUGACGCGGGACAGGGUUACCAGGCGACAUGGUGGGACAGGGGUGCCAAUAAAUAAGGAUUAAAAAAAUAUAUAUCUGGCCUAAAAUGAAGUGUGUGAGCUGUGCGCAAUUAGAUGCUCUGCAUCUCCUCCUGACUGCUACUGAGACUUUGGUGGGACAGAAAUCUCUACAGAUACGGAUGGGUUCCAGUGUUGCCCAGGAAGCACCUUUGUUAUGUUAACGCCACAGAGACCAAUGUUCAGGCCGGGAUCUGGUUCUGCUGUCACCCCGAAUACAUGGAGCCGUGGAUGAAGCAGAAGAGCAGCUGAUUGGACCACUGCGAGUGUUUGAGGAGCUCCAACUUGCUGCUUUUCUGGCUGGAACUGGAGUGUUGAUAUUCCUUCUCUGUGCGUCCUUUAUCCCUUAUCUGGAAUAGUUGAAGAUGGCCUUCUACUCUUCUUUCAGUGCUCUUUUAUCUCUCGUCCUGCUGCUUCACUCACCCUCUUAUGCCCAAAACUCAGUUACCACGGACACCCAGCCGGCCAAUCAGACAGCUGUCCCGUCGGGCUCGCCGGAGCUGACCCUGACAACUCCGGGGUCAGAGUCGGACAUUCCGUCAUCAGGGAGCCGUUGCUGGGGUUACUAUGAUGUGAUGGGUCAGUGGGACCCCCCCUUCAACUGUAACGCUGGAAUCUACCUGUUCUGCUGUGGCUCCUGCUUCUACCGCUUCUGCUGCCAGUUCAAAGCCCACAGCCUGGACCAGACCUCCUGCUCCAACUACGACACACCUGUCUGGGCCAACACAGGCAAGCCAGCCUCGCCGGUCACUGAGGUCCAGCAGCAGCAGGACAGGGACCGAACACAUAUGAUCGUCUACAUCAUCUGCGGAGUGGUGGCCAUUAUGGUGCUGGUGGGGAUCUUCACCAAACUGGGGCUUGAGAAGAGCCAGGGGGGGCAGACCGAUAUGAGCAACUCCAGGACAUUGACGGAGCUGCUGAAGCAGCCUGGGGAGGUGGGUGGUGUGGACAGAGGGGGAGGGCUUCAUCCAAUUGGAUCCAAUGGCAUCACUGGUCGGCAAAUGCGGACCAACAACGAUCAUAAUCAUCUGAAUAACGCUGCUCUUCCAUCUCUUGGUCCUGCUAUGACUCUCUCUCAUCCCCAUAAUAACUUGGGUGUGGGAUUCAACAAGUAUUCAUCUCUCAAAACCCAGGAUACGGCUCCCAGAGACUACUACAAGAGUUACCCCAUGGUGGACUACACACACCAUCAGUCUUCUCCUGCAACCUUUCAACCCAUUGCUUUCCAUCCCAAAGACAAGCCAUUCCUACCUCCUCCGGACAUCCAUGCCCCCCUCGCUAUUACCAUCACGCCCGCCCAGUUCCCUAAGCCUAAGAUCUCCAAAACCAACACCCAUCCGCUUACAUCCAGCUCAGCCUUCAAGGCCUGGGACCCCAGUAAGAGCCCUGCCCAGCAUCAGGUCCCUCUUAUGAGCCAGCCACGACCACCGCAGUCCCACCCCAACAGCCGGCGCCAGGCCUACACCAACAAGCGCCAGUUUAGCAUAGAGACACUGCCGGAGUUGUUCUCUCAGCCACUGGCCUAUGGACAAUCCCCUCACCUCCUCCCAAAACACAAGGGGCUGCCCACAAACAGCAAGACUGAGGUGACCGUGUGAACCAGAGCUAGGGUGAUGAUGCAGAGUGGGAGAGAUUGAGAAAUGAGAAGGAGAAAGAGGAACAAGACUUUGAUGGCUGAUCUGGAUAUUCACCGGUGCUUGGGAUUGGGUUUUAAUAGGAUGUAAUGUUGGCAAUUGUAAUAAUUUUCUUUCCUGUUGAUUGAAUCUAUGAAGAACGUCAGUAAACAAAGAGGAAGUAUUUUUGGUCAGUGGUGACCCUCUCUCAGAUUGUUGGGAUUUCUUGGCCAUCUUUUUACUUCAACUUAGCUGUCUGGUUUCUGUGAUUCCACGACCUGUGCCAAGUCGUCUGAUAGUGUGGUGACGUGUGCUGCCAGAGUGGGGCAUUCUCAGGAGCCCUGCAUCUUACAACUCCUCCCUUCUGCCUGGACCAAACAAUUGGACUGUCAGUUCCCAUCAACCUCCAGCCAACACAGUGGGGGACAUCACUCAGACAGAUCUAGAGCAUGAGAUUGAGGGACUGAGGAAGGUGGGAAAAGAGAGAUGUACAGAUAGAAGGCCAGGAGGAAGGGGCAGUAAAAGUAAGCAACAUGGAUAAGUGAUCAUUUGGAUGGGCGCAGGUUGGAUUUUGUUAAGUUUAAGGGUAUUUUUAGGGUUAUAAUUUGGUUGGUGCUAGGGCUAGUUGCUAAUUGCAUUGGGGAAAAGGUUGCAUGGUAAUUGAGUUGAUGAAAAAGUUGAGUGUUAAUUGGGUUGGUCAAAAGACUGGGUGGUAACUGGGUUGAGAACAAGGCUGGGUAUUAAUUGGGUUGGGUACAGAGCAGAGAGUUAAACGGGCUAAAGGCUAGGGUGGGUGUUGCUAGAGCUGUGUGCAAGGCUGGCUGUUAGGCCUAACGAACAAUUAACUUUGUCCAGAAUCAAUUAUAACUUACUGAAAAGGUUGGAUGAUAGCUGGUUUUAAACAGGGUUGAUGGUUUUAGGCCUAAUAGCCACCCUGGUACCCAGCCCCAGCAACACCAACCCCAGUUUUCCAGAAAUUUACAAAACCAGAAGUAAGACAAGAGCAGGAUAUUUGAGGUCUCUAGUGAAAUCAAGUCCUAAAGACUUUGCGGUCAAAGGGAAGGGACAAUGGCAUUCUUGACACUGCUCCAGGGUGUAGCCAUGCCAAACUUGUUGCUAUUUGUGUUGUUUCCUUUUCCACCCCCUGCAAAAAAGGCAAAGUGCACAGGUAGAGGCAAGGUCACUGAGCUCAGACACACAGGAGCAGUGCCAGGGACAACAGUUGCCUGAGGAGAUCAGGCUACCAUAGCAACAGAGGAGCUAAUGUCUACGUUAAGGAGUUUGUGAAAGGAUGCUUGUUAUUUCUGGUGGGAGAUACUGAGAUACUUCCAUCAUAUUCCAGGGAUGAGCAACUUCACUGAUCCUCAUAGAGUCAGUGCAUAAAGCAUCAAAACCACAGAAUGCUUUUGUGAAUGCAUGUGUGUCCUAGAUGAUAUCACUAUUUUGUCAUAGACCUUUUGAGAAUCUAAUUUAUUUCUAGCAGCAGACAUCACGUGCCAGCCAAAUGUAGGUAAUUCCCCUUUGAGACUGACAACAUUUGACACAGGAGGGAAAACAUUACAUUUUUCUAAGCAUGUUAGAACUCAGCAAUCUAACAUUUGCAUGCAAAUACACAUUAAAAGAAACCAUGUACCAGUGCAGAAGUGAAAUACAGAGCAUUCAAGCCAGCAGUCUACUUUUUUAGACAAGGUGAACUACAGUUUCAAUACGCCAUGCCUUGUUGUCCAGAUUCAGAGUGGACACAAUACUAUGCCUCUGUGAAGGAUGGGUUGAUGCUUUGCCAUACUGUGCUAGUCUCUGUGAAGGAUGGGAUGAUGCUAUGCUAUGCUAUGCUAGCAUCUGUGAGGUUUGGGUGCAUGGGAUGUUAGCCUCUCCUAAGCAGGGGUAGAUGACUGAUGGCUGCUGCUGGAUCUCAGCCCUUCCAAGCUGUUCCCAGCCACAUGCCUGGCUCACUAGCUGGCAUGUCAUUGCAGGGGGAACUGUAAUUAAUGAUAGCCCAUCUUCAACCUGGCAGAGCCAAAAACCUCAGUUCCUGUAUCCCCUCUAGAGUCAGCCAGGCACAUACCGUCUCAACAUCUGAUUCUACCACCAGACAAGCAUGAAUACCAAGGUGCAUGACUGCAAAAACUGUAGUGCAACCUACAAAAAGCAGCUACGCUACAUCAGUUUCUUCUCACACAUUAAUGAUUCCUGUUCCCUCUUCCUGUCAGAUUCAUGAUUUUCAUUCCUUCCUGUGUCUAACAAAUGACAUCAUUGAUGCAAUUUUUAACAAUUCAGUCUUUUGACUACAGCAAUAAGACAUUUUGACGUCAACAGGAUUGGCUCAGACAGAUUUCAAGAGUAGCUGGGAGCACUUGGAUAAGAAACAGAUCUUGACUUUUGCAGGAUAAUAACAGACGUAAAACAUUGCGUGAAGGAUUUAUUGUUCUGGACUGCUUCCAAAUGAAACUGCCGCAUUGGAGAAGGAGGUAGGAUAAGGCAGAACUCGGAAAUCAGAAAAACGAAGCAGCACCUAUGUAACUCUACAGGAUCUCACUACCUGAAGAAUGAGCUCCAGUCAACUCAUCAAUAAAACCAAAAUCUAUAUCCCUCGCUCUCUCAUUCUCUCUCUCCAGCUCUAUUUUGAGAAAGAGUUCAUUUCCACUGUGGGACAAACUGCCAGGUCAGAUCUGCAGAAAAAUGCAGUUGUUGAGUUUUCCUCGACUGAUGAGUCCAUUGUUAAGCAACUUGAUUGACACAAAGUUGCAUUAACGCAGUCUCAUGGGUCUGUGCUGAGUCCAGCCAUGUGGUUUAAUUAUCUGGACCUGCUAUGAUCUGUGGUUGCGUAUCCAUAGAGAUGUCUCUGGGGUGUCUUUUUGGCCCCAGGUGAGCCUGUAGCUCAGUGAGGACAAACAAGGCUAUCGGCAACCCAGGCACAGAGCGACUAUUUCGUCAGACAGAAGCUCCAAGAUGAGUCAGUCACUUGUGACCCAUCCCAGACAAAAGCCACAUUAUUGACACUGAGAUCUUUCCAUUGUCCUUUAGAAAUUCAAGGCUUUCCUAAUAAAACUCUUGCAUCUGGCUUUGCUGCCUCCAGACAAUAGGUGGUUCUGUGUUAAGGAGCACUCUAGAGGGUAUCUGAGGUUAUAAACGUCUCUGGCAACAACCUUGGAGGCCUAAACGACAUGUGACUUUGCGGUGGGAUUACUCUUCGCAGGACAAAUGUUGGAGUAUCACUCAACAUUAAAUAACUUAACAAAGCCUUGCAGUUGUUCAUUAAUUAAGUUAUUUAAUACAGUGUUUGCAGGUGCAGGACCAAAAAAAUGAAAUCAGAAGAGGUUGAACAUGCACAAACUGAUGAUGCCUGUGCUGAAGGUGUAAAUAUUGACUGUUUGUUUAUGGAUUUUUUCAGAGCAUCAGGGAUUAGUCUUUACUCAAUCUCUUCUGAUUCCAUUACAGCACCCAAAGCUGAGCAAUGACUGUUGUUUUAAAUCUUUCUAAAAACACAAGCGUUCUAUGAUCGGAUCAAACGUGAUCUGGUAGACAUGCUUGUGUUUCACGUCUAGCAAUACAUUGUGUACAAUUUUAUUUUCUUUUUCGUACGGUGUUCGUAAAAAAAAACAACACAAAAAAAUUAACAAAUAUUAAUCGAACUGCAUCUGACGAACACAAGUUGAAGUGCUUCCAAAGUUUCAGCGCACUUUCGACAUGUCCCUUUCAUUCUUUAAAGAUGUCUUGCCAUGUUUCAAGCUUGUGCUAUGUAUAGUAAAUAAUGUUUCAUAUAAUCACUUUUAAUAAUGCAUUGUAACCAAAUGCUUGGAUGAAACAUUAGUUACCAAUCAAAGGGGUCCUGUACAGUGUAUAUUGAAGAAAUGUGUUGUUUUCCAUUCGUUCGGUGGUUUGAUUGCUAUGUACUCACAAAAUGUUGUAAUGCUGUACCUUUUGUCUAUAAUUAAGUUUGUUGAAUACUUGUUUAUAUAAGGGCUUAUUAAUAAGGAGAUCACUUUAAACAAAAGCUGCACUAAAGUGCUGAAGCAGGUCCGGAUUCUCCUACAUGAAUCCUGACUUUAACCAAGGAGAUUACAGUAACUUGAUUUGAGAUCAGAGGUUCAGUAGAAAGCCAUGUUUCCGUAUAGGCUUGGAGGAGAUGCCAAGUGUGUGUCCAAACUCAUCCAGUCAAGCUUGGGUACAUUCAGAUGCAGACUAGUGCAUUCAAAUGACAUUAGAAAUGAUCAUUAUUAUGAUUAUUAUUUUAGAUUCCUUACAUGUUUGGACAAGCCAGAUGCUGUUUAUUUGGCUGCUUCUAUAAACAGACAUUUAAAUAUGAUCCAAAAGCUAACUGAAGAAUUCAACAAAAAAACUUUCUAUUAGUUGAAAUGAAUCAGCCUUGACUGAAUACAGUCUAAAUGACUAUUACAGUAACCUGCAGGCAAAGGUGGAUAGCAACUAGCUAAAUUUUUUCAAAUUACUAGUACAAAUUUGAAGGGUGGUUUCAAACGAUACUUUUACUUUUUUUCAGAGUUUGAAGUGUGGUAGAGGUCCCCUGGUGGAAGGUCUGGAGGUGACCUUUAGCAUACUAUUUAGCAGUUAUUUCUGGUAACAGGAUGUCAAAAUUGUUACUGUGAAAAUGAUGAUUUUCUGAAGAUAUUGACUUACUAUGUAGAAAUAACAACCGACAGUUUGUUUUACUCUGUUGUAAUAAUGACAUUGUCUCAAGGUAUUGACUUACUAUGUAGAAAAGACUUAUUUUCUAGAAAAUUGUAUUAAUUAUGUCAAAAUAAUGAUUACAAUUAACAACUUUGAGAUAAUAAGUCUACAUUUUGAAAAAGUAAAGCACUACUUCAGUGUAUUCAUGCAAAAUCUAAAAUGUUCAAGAAAAGUAAAAAGAACAAAAAUAGCUGAAAUAAUGAGUAACAAAUGUUGACCAAUGGUAACAAUGGGUUUCCAUAGGGGUGCAAGUCAAUGGUGCAUUAGAUUGAAUGGCUGAGUUAUUCAGGCUGGCGUGUUCAAGGAAAGGGGAGAAAUCAAAUGUUGAUCGGAAAAAAAUCUAAUAUUAAACACAAUGAACUCAUGUGAGAGCAUUCAGUUAGUCACAAAAAAAUUAUUUUACUCAAGGAAAUAGCAAGGAGCCACCUACAUUCAGUUUGGUCUCUCUCUUGUUCGCUCAUUUAUAGAAUGACUCCUCACCCCCCAGCCCCUCUUCAAACCCUGCUUCUACUAGUAUGUUUGUGAGAGAAAUUAUUGAUUUUUUUUUUUAUUUGUUCCUUCUUGCUAUAUAACAUCCUAUACAUUUAUGUCUAUACAAAGUUUCAAUUGUUUUUUUACUCUACAUUAAUAAUACUUUUACUUCACUUUUAAUUUUACUGUUUUUAGGCUACUCUGUUCACCUCAGGUAAGCCUGCAGGUAUGAUGAAAAGUUCACAUCGUCUUGGACAUCUCUUCCUAAUUUGGGACCAGACAGAGUUAUCACAAAUUUCUGCAUAAUUUAAUGGUUAAGAUGUAAACACUAUCAUUCAGAGUGAUUUGUGAAAUGCUCUAUUCUAGAGAAACAUAUGUGUGAAAUGGUCACAGUGGUAGUACCAGGCACCAGUUUAAUGCCUAAACCUACUACACAGAAAUGUAAUACAUCAAAAAGUUUCACCUACGUUGUCUGAUGCCUGAGAUAUCUAUUGUUUUACAAUAUCAGAUUUAUCACUAUUUUACUAUGAUCAACAUUACAGAUAAAAUCUCAGAUGACAUGUAUAGGUGCAUUGAUGGUUGGAGAUAGUAAAUAGAAUGACUAUACUUGCAUUCUAAACAUCACAAUCCGUGGUUCCCAUCACCACCACUGUAAAGAAAUCGAAGUCUGGAAGUUUCUUACAAUGCACCAUUAUGAACCCACUCUAAAUGACUUUGUUUACAUCUCAACGAGCACAUUAUGCAAAAUUUACAUAGCAGAAUGGUUUUAUAUUUGACCACAAACUGAAGGAAAAAAAUAUAUAAAUCAAAUGAUAAAAGGCAAGCUUGCAAAGUGAGACAUGAUAACGAUGUCUUAGCCACAACACACAAAUCUGUGAUUGAUCAGAUUGAACCUACCAGCAUUCAGAGGAAAUCUCAAGCCAACCACUAUAAACAGGUCAAAGCUAAUUAACAGUCCACCUCGUUACCCGGCGAAUUCUUUUUAACGCUUACAGGACGGCUAAUUAGGCUCACCUGAUUGCUUUUCAUCUGUUUUUAAUGAUGAUACUGAGAGUUUGUUGUUUUGUUUACAUGUGAUUGCUCUCCUAUUUAGCUUAGAUCAGGGUUAAAAGAAAUAGAGCAAAGAAAGCUGAAUAUAUAAAUAAUGUGCAAAAAUAUGUAUGUAUACAAUGUGAAUAUAGAUCAGCAUUUUGAAAUUCACACACACACACACACACACACACACACACACACACACACACACACACACACACACACACACCUACACCUAUAUAUACACAUGGCCCACCAAGGUUUAACAUCUCUCCCUCUUCAGAGUUAAUGCUAACGCACUGAGAACCCUCACACAGACAAAUGAGGGUCCAACUCUGUAAAUUAAAGCAAGAAAUCAAUGACUGUUCACACAGUUUUCUCCCUGACACGUAUGAGGUCAAUCACAGAUUCGAGAUUCGCGACACAAUUGAAGGGAAAUUCAGAUGCUUGAUAUUUAGCUUUAAGACCAGAAGCAGCAUAUAAUCAGUGUAGAAUUCUCCAUCCAAACAGCCAGCCAUGCAGGAUCACUCAACAUAUCCCAUGUUAGCCCCAUAUAUCUCUCUCUCUCUCUCUCUCUCUCUCUCUCUUUCUCUCUCUCUCUCCUGAGGGCGACUGAAUGUGUGAGGUCCAGCUGUCACCGAUGUCCAAGGUUGGCUUCAGAGAGAGAAAGAGAGAGAGAGAGAGAGAGAGAGAGCGAGAAAGCAAGAGAGCAAUGCCAUGUGCUAACCCUCUUUCUGUCUCUGUUCCCCAUCCAUCCUCCCAUUCUGCUCGUUCUCUCUUACUCACUUCAGCUGAAUUUAACUGUCACCGCCUCCCUAUUUUCUUUUCCUUCUUUCUUCUUUCUUUUUUGUUUUUUUUUGCCUCUAAUUUUGUCUGCUUGCCCCUAGUCCCUUCACCCUCUCUUUCUCCUCUUUUCUCUCUCUCUCUCUCUCUCUCUCUCUCUCUCUCUCAUUUCUCUCCUUACAUUUGGUCUUUCUCUCCCCUUUUUUCAUAUUUCUGUUUUUGCUUUUGCACUCUCUCGCGCUCUCUCUCUCUGCCGCUUUUAUCUCUUUUUUUAACAUUUGCUCUUAUUUGUCUUAUUAUUCUUUCUCUUUCUUCUCUUUUUUAAACUUAACUCCUACACCUUUUCCCCCUUUCUUUUUCUGUAUUUAUUUGCUGUCUCUUUUUUCUUUUGCUUCUCUCUCUCUCUCUCUCUCGCUCUGUUUUUUUUCCUUUUUACUUUUAUCUCUGUCCCUCAAACCCCCACAGCCAUUUACUCCAGUGCUUCUCACAACACAUACUCACUACACUGCGGACAGAAGAAUUAAACAUUGAGCUCACAUUCAGAAACACAUUUAUAUAUAUUUCUCCGUCUGUGAGUGCCUGUAAUGUACACAGGGAUAAACAAGUGUGGACUGUACAGCAGUAGUGUGAUGUACGACUAGCCUACAUGAUGUCAUGAUAUCAAAUCCAUGCAAAAAACAAUCAGAUGAGUUAAAGCUAAGGUUCGGAGGGGGUCAGUGCUGUAUUUCUGUUUUUUUCCUCUCAAAAGGUCUGGGUAAAAAACUCAUACGUCCGAAUUUUGAGGGAUUUUCAUGUUUUCAUAAGACUUCCUGUAAAUCCUAAAAGCCCACCAAGGCAUGACAGGGGAAAAACUCCCAUAAUUCCACAGGACUACUAAUACCUGAUGUCAUCUCCAAUCAGUUCUGGAGAUCCCGAAGUAGCACCAAACCAAGAACAAACCUAUUCUUAGUAGCUAAUCACUGGACAUCUGACCAAACUCCUCAUGGUACUAAAGUGAUGAUGUUUAUGCUAAUGGUUUUUAUGAAGCUAAUCACAGUUUCUGAGCUCAACCUGCUGUACGGCUUUUUAAACAUCUCUUUAUAGAUACAACCUUACUAAAUGGUCUUUGUAUAAACUUGCUACAAAAUUAAAAUGACAAGCAAAACAA